UCUCCCUUUAACAGUAUCCACAUUCCACCGCAGCUUGGUGACUAAAAACCCUCGUUCUCCAUCACAAGCAGUACUAUUGUAGCGUCAUAGAGGAAUAUAUAAAAAAUACUAUUCUUACACAACAACUGUACUCUUUGCGAGGCCAAUUACGAGAAAGACAAGGUUAUGUGAUGACAAACGUGAAACGAAAUAACACCUUCAGUCAUAAGUUAAGCAACUCUUGUUGCUUAAUCGAUCCAUUUCUUCCAACCACUACCGAAUACCGAUUGUUUUUAUCCUUGUCCUCCUUAGAGAAACCCUCUAGUAGCUUCCAUUUCAUCAUCAUACAAUUAAUAAUUUUGAAUUUCUUUUGGUACGGUUGAAUGGAACAAUCUCCAUGCUGGAUGCUAGCAAAUCGAGGGCCUCGGUGUCCCGAUGAUUCAUGGGAAGAGAAGGCUUUUGCAGACGAUGCAGCUGGGUUGCUUGGAGGCUGUGUAUGGCCUCCGAGAUCUUAUUCUUGCAACUUUUGUAAGAGAGAAUUUAGGUCGGCACAAGCACUAGGCGGUCACAUGAAUGUUCAUAGAAGAGAUAGGGCAAGACUCAAGCAGUUAUCUAACUUUCAACAUCUUGAUCAAAGACUAGAUCCACAUCGAAAUUCACAAUCGUUUUCAAUUGAGAAAACUCCUCAUAAACAAAUUGAUAUUGUGACAGAUCCUAUGUUUGUUUCAAUAAAUCAGACCAUCUUUUCUCCCCAAUCCCAAUUUGUUUCGUCUUUUCUAGUAAGUAAUGAUGAAAACCUAACCUUUUUAGGCCUUAGAAAAGAUGGAAAAAGUAGAAAAUCACAGUGCGAGAUUAGGAAAAACAUUGAAAUAGCUAGCUCAUCUUUAGACUUAGAUGGGCAAGCUUCUGUUGUACAUAACACGGGAGCGUCUAAUCGACACAAGAGGAGGAAACUUGACAUAUCUUAUCCACCAUCCAUCAAUAAGUCGCAUAAAAUUGAUGAUGAGGCACCAAAGGCAGAUGCCUCAACGCCGGAGGACUUAGAUCUAGAGCUCAGGCUCGGUGAUCGCCCUAAGGUACAACAGAAUUUCCUAUAACAUGUGUAUUGAUAAAUUACACCAAUACUGCUGGUUUUAUUUUUCUUUCAUGUUUUUAUUUCUCACA